AUGGGUUGUGGUGCUUCACACGGACCAAUUGGCACCCUUGAGGUGAAGCCGCUUCAUGCGACGGAGGAUUUCUGGCCUCCCAAGAAGAAUAACAACAAUGAAGAUAUUAACAACAGGAAUAACAACAAUGAUCAUCCUAGUGAUGAGAAUAAUAAUGAUGGAAGAGAUCAAGUGGAAUUACCUGACGAUAAUGGCAUCUCAUCUGAGCGACCGUCUAUCAGUGAAUCCUCAGGGAACGAUAAAAGUGACUCACCACCUCCUCGACCGACUGAUAAAUCCAAAAAUAAUAAUAAUAAAGAAGUAGAAGAGGAUAAUGACAAUGUUAUAGUCAGUAAUAAGAGCUGUUCCUAUACUGGUGUUGGUACUGAUAUUGGUAUGGAGCGUCAUCGUUCUGUUUCCCCUGCGCCUGGUCUCUCUGAGUACGCCACCCUCCCCCUUCGCCACAUCCAUAAAAAGUUAAAACACAACCACCGCGUGUUUCGCAUUUGCCUCACCGGCGGCCCGUGCGCGGGGAAGUCGACGUUCCUGACGCAACUGCAGACGAAGCUGCCGGCCCGCACCGGCUACAAGGUGUACUGCGUGCCGGAGGCGGCCUCGCUGCUGGUGGGCGGCGGGAUGGAGUGGAACGGGGAGACGGUGGAGGACCAGCAGCUCGCCCUCCUCCGCGUGCAGCUCGCGCUGGAGGACCAGUUCUACCGCGUCGCGCUGGUGGCCGGGCAGCCGGCGGUGGUCGUCUCCGACCGCGGGACGAUGGACGGCCGCGCCUUCUGCCCGCCCGACACCUUCGGCCGCAUCCUCCGCCGCCUCGGCGCCACGCUGGAGGGCCUGCGGGACCGCUACGACGCCGUCCUCCACCUCGUCACCGCCGCCAGCGGGGCGGAGGCCUACUACAAUAUGGACAACCCAGCAAGAUACGAGGGGCUGGAGGCCGCAGUGGAGUCCGACUUGAAACUACGGCAGUCCUACGUAGGACACCCCAUGCUGCGGAUUAUUGAUAACUCUACCACCUUUGAGGAAAAAAUGGAACGGGGAUUGGCUCUCGUCGGACAGGUUAUCGGGCAAAAGUUCUCUAUGCAAAAUACAACUUAUUAUCUGGUAAGGCGAUGUCCAAAGGAACUUCCUGUCCAAUAUGCCGUAUGUACUCUCACUAUUACAGUACUCUGUAAUAGCGUUUUUAAUGAUAUUCGUCUUCUUAUUAAACGUGAAAAUUCUUCAGGUGAUUGUAUGUAUUUCUUUAACUCUAUACGAAAUGCUAAUGGACAGGGUAAUGGUUCUGGUACUCAUUCCAAAGAUGAAAGUCUCGCACGUGAGGCAUCACCUGGACAUUAUGAAGAUUUACAAGCUAUGCAUGAUGCUUUUAUGUGGGUAGAUGCAGGUCGUCGAGUAAAGAAUGAACAACGUAUAAGUAGUAAAGAGUAUAGUAGUCUUAUUAAAAAUCGUGACACACUUCGUCGAGAUGUUGUUUUACGUGCUGUUAAUUUUAUUCAUGAUGAUAACCGGUAUGAAGUAACUACCAUAGUGGAACCCAUAUGGGCUGCAGGGAAACAAGCAUUAACACUUGAGUGUGAUGAUCAGGUAAAGGCGAAAUUUCCGUCCUUUAUUGAGGUUGAUCGUGAGGUACCAAUAGACAGUUUCUCUACUGCUUUUCUUAUAUCACAUGCAGAAAUGGGAUCACUGUAUACAUCACUGGCCUAUGCACCAGUCUUUACACGGGGCAUCAUGGCAAAAGACUCAAACACAGAAUCAGAUGAUAUUGCCAAAGAAAAUAAUAAUAAUAAUAAUAAUAAUAAUAAUAAUAAUAAUAAUAAUAAUAAUAAUAAUAAUAAUAUCAGUACUGUUGACCAGAAUAUUGAGAGUGUCUCACACAAAAAGGAAGUGGAUAAGCCAGUUAAGAUAAAGAAGAAUAAGAAAAAGAGACGCUCCAAGCUCAUUUCUAAUGAGCACACUCCACAGUUACCGCUUGAGUCUAAACCCGUAAAUACGGUCAAUAAUGAAACUGAUAUAUCAAAACCAGUUGAUGAAUCUGAUCAUAUUAAAAAGAACUUAGUUAAUGAGUUUAUCAAUAAGAAUAAUUCGUCCAAUGAAUCUAUCUCUGGAGAAAAACCGAAAUCUACUCAUUUUUCUAAACCAAAACUUGGUUCUAUUAAAACUACUUCAAACUCGUCUUCCUUGUUGCAUUCCACGCCACCACCACCACCACCACCGCCACCUAGCGUCCCAUCAACAGCAAAUCCUCGUGGAAUGAUAAUGAGUCAGCAUUAG